GAGAACUCACAAAACGAAAGUAGAAUCAAUUUUUAGAAGGAAUGUAAAGCCAAGCAUGAAGUCCUGUUUUGGAAGAUGGUUAGCAUCUACUGAUUGGUCAUUCCUUGAAACACUAUCAAACUGUACCGAAAAACUCGCUGCUUUCCAAUGUUUGCUAAAUUUUGCUAUUGAAACUUUCUUCCCACUCCGAAAAAACAAACAACACCCAACAGACAGGCCUUGGAUUACUCCUGAACUGAAGAGUCUAAUCCAGCAACGACAACAAGCAAUGUCCAAAGACCCUCCUGUUUACAAAAAAUUGAGAAAUAAAGUUAACAGGCUAAAUAACAGUCUUAGGAGUUCCUUUUUUGCAAAUAAG